AUGGAGUCGCACAUCCUAAACACGUAUCAUCAGGCACGAUUCCGUCCCAUCGGACACAAGAUCCUUCGAAUGAAGAGUGACUUAUCUUCAGAAAGCAGCUGCAACCAGAACAGCCCAGAGUACCCUCAGAUCAGCGUGCCUCAACAGAGGCACUCUGUCGACAGCAAUGGCGACUGGUCGUGUCAAAAACAGACUAUGAAUAUAACACAAUCAAGUCAAGACACUAGUUCAGACGACGAUAGUUCCGGUCUUGAAGAAAGCAUGGAAGACUUGGAUGAAAAUGGAAUGCAAGAGAAUGCAGAUGACAGUGGCGAGGAGCUUGGAGACGCUAUAGUAGUACACGAAGUCAACGUCGACGAUGAUGAUGAAAUAAUUGAUGUCGAUGAUGACACAGAAGUUGUGCAUUCUAACUCACACUACAACGUUCAAGUAACCGGAUCGAAUAGCGUAGAAGAUAACUCAUUAGUAGAAGGCCACGAUUAUGACGUCAUCACUGUUUAUGAAGUCAACCCUGAUUUAGAUUUAAUCGAAGCUUCCUCAGACGAUGAUAGAGAUGUAGAUUAUGCAAUCAGUGAAAAAGACAUAGAGGCGGACUGCGUAAACGGUGACGAUAGCAGCUAUAGAGAAGUCAAUUAUCAAGAACGCAACACGAUAAGUCAAGAUGGUCUAGAUAUUAAUUUAGACACACCAGUAGUUUCAAAUGUCGACGAAUAUUUCAUAAAGAAUAACAACAAUGAACACAUACUAGACACAGAUGGGCCCGUUGUAAAAGACGUAGACGAAUACUUCAUAAAAGACAAAGGCAAGGAACCGGUACCUGUGCCCAAUAUCGACGACUUUCUAAUAAAACACAAGUUACCUGAAGAAGAGAGCACACAGUUUCAUAUACCUGUUCCUAUUCCUAAUGUAGAAGAAUUCCUUGACAAUGAAAUCAAAAAAGAUGAGGAAGAAGCUCCGACGGUUGAACCUGAACCUGAACCAGAAAUUCCAGAAAACCCCGCUGAUGUGUCAAUAAACGAGUCUGAUUUAGAAGUUCUACCCAACAUCGAAGAAUUAAAGAGAUAUCUAUUAGAAGACAUGACAUACACCAAAUUCAGGCACAUACAAAAGUCAUGUUCAGUCCCGCAGUCACCUAUGCAAAACAUUUGCAUGGACAUUGAUGACGUCAAAACAUGUAUGAGCUUCGAAGACUUGAAUUUAGACCUCUCUGAUCUUGCCUUUGACAAUGACAAGGAUAAAUCGAAUGCUAACAAAAGUGAUGAUAUACCGCGAACGCUAACUGAUGAGGAUGUUAACAGCUUCCUAAUAACCAACAAAACUGAACCUAAAGAUGAACCAGAGGAAGAUGAUUUAAGUCACCAAGAUAUGGAAAUUGAACGGCCACUUGAAGCUACUAUUGAAACUAUACCACCAGUGUACGCACCGCCACUAAAACGGACAUCCACACCUAUUCCAACGGUCUUAGAUUUCUGCAUAGAGAAAACAGCAGUCAAGAAGGAGAAUUCAACGGCAGAUGUAAAGGGUGAACCAGAAGACUUUGUCGACGUGGAGUCUUGCAACGAUACCGUCAUACCUGUUCUCGAAGCGAACAACUUAAACUCUUUACUGGAACAGUUCGAAGCUACUGAGAAACUAAACACCAAGAAAAAGGUGAUUCCAGUAGUUAAAACUGAAGAUCCGAAGUUAAAGAGUUUCAAUAAGAACGCUUUGACGAACGGUAUGAGGCUCCAAGACGCAGGAGUGCAGCUAAACAAGAAUAAAAUGCGGCAAAUACUGAUGCCGACGCCAAUUAACAGUACCGUCAGGCGGUCACAAAGUCCCGUCCAUUCGGACCACGACUACUGCUCAUCGAAAAAGCGACACAGUCUGCCCAACCUCAAGGGAGGGCAGAGUCUUCUCAAACCUGAAGUGUUGUCUAGCAAUAGCCGAAUACUAAACUCCAGACAUAGGUCGUGUAAAAGCAAAAAAGUAGUGUACCAUCUCAGUAGUGACGAGGAAACUGACAAUAACGCUAAAAACAAAAAAGUGACAAAACCAGACGAUAUAGACGCUAAAAAGAAGACUAGUGUAAAGCCGAGUGUGAAACCGCCAGUGCAGUCGAACUGUCGUAAAAAACUGUCCCCACCCCACAGUGCGCCCGAUAGUUUUAAAGAUAAAUCCAACAGUUCUGUGAUGAUCAAAAGUGCUUCUAAAGCGAGUGAUAAUUGUAGUCAAAAUUCUAACGGUAGCAUUAAGUUAACUAUUAAAAAUAAAUCUGAAGUUAUACUAAACUGUGAUCACGUAGACUCUCAGAAAGAUAAAAAUAUAGACAAGUGUAAAAAUAGUGUUAGUGAUAAAACGAACAAUGUAGUAAAACAGGAGAAAAAUAUAAAAGAAUUAGAUAGGAACAAAGGUAAAGUUGUAAAUAAUGUAGAGACUGUUACUGUAAAGGAAGAACCCCGUCCGAAAAAUGAAAACUUUUAUACAGCACUGUUUAGUAAUAAGCAAGACGUUCAGAUACCUCAAGCCAUGCAGCCCAAAACGGAGAAGAGGCCGUUUGACGAUGAACUGAACAAGUGCAUGCUUGAGGUCGCUAUUAAAAAGGAGGCUGAACAACCUCUCAAGAAAAAGAAACUUAAUCUGCAAGAGUAUAAAUUAAGGAGAGGCGUCUGUUCGAAUAACAGUUCUGCGACAGUGAGUCCCGAGGCUAUAUUCCCAGACAUGCCUAGUCCUUUACUUGACAAAGCUGUCAAAUGUCCCAUAACACAGACCCCUCCCAACGGCUUACAAAAUACAACCGACAAAGUGAACAACGAACAAACUUUCUUCGACCCAAUCAAAGAGGCUUCUAGAAAAAUACUGAUGAAUACAAAGAAACAAAAGGCUGAGGCUAUGAGGAAACGAGACGAAGAUAUAGUCAUGAGUAAGAUACCUAAAGUCGAAAAUUUGGAAUUGCAACCCUUGAUAAGUGAUGCUGAGAUGAUGAAAAUCGUUGGAAUGACGCAACCAGAAAUUUUGCCACUACCUGUAGUUAACGAAAAGCCGCAAUUGUCAGCUGAUUAUGAAGAAAUUAUUCUCGUCAGUGUAGGAACGAAUACAGAUGACAAUAUGUUUAGCCACAUUGAAGAACCUGUUGAAAGAAUGGUCAAAGCUACAUCUCCGACAGUUGACUCCAAAUCUCUCAUCAAUUUCAAGAUAAAGAAAUCCGAUCAUGUACUGAAACAAAAUGUGUUUGAUAACGUUAAAAGAGACAAACGGAGUCCUAUUGACGAGAAGAAACACCCUGAUAUAAAAAUAGACAAAGAACGAUUCAAAGAUAUAACGGCAACAUUGAAAAGUGUGGAAAAACAGGUCGAGACUAAGAUAAUGAGCAAUUCCUUGUUCUCUAGUAUCCAAGAUGUAGUCAUGAAGAAAGCUCCUGAAGAAGUAGUUGAGAAACCUAAUGAAAGACACUCUAAACCCAGAUCGCCGACAGAGAAAAGAGAUUUCAGGUUUGCAAAGACAACCAUAGUCAGAGAAUACGAUCCUAAAGCUGAACACGGGGAAGACAAAGUCAUUCUUCAUUUAGGGAAGCAUAGAAGCAAACCAGGCUGUUCUAGCAUGGUCGUGCAAACUGAUUCAUUGCCCGAAUUUGCCGAACUACCAAUCUUAGCCAUGCCUAAAGAAAUCCCAGUGACGAGAAAACGUAAUGACAGUGACAUGUCUCUGUCAUCCAGCGAUGGCAGCCCGUCACGUAAUACUGACGAAAGUCCUGUUAAAACAAAACCAGAUGAUAGAGUGUCCAAGUCUAAGGAAAUGAGAACAGAACGGACGGAAGCUAAAGAAAAGAGAUCUAAAUCGAGAGAACGUUAUGAUUCUAAGUACAGACGGAGAUCGAGAUCCAUGUCUCGUGGGCGCAGAAGACGUUCUCGAUCCCGCAGCCGCUCUAGAUCCCGUGGUCGCUUCAGGAGAUACAGAAGAUCAGAUUCUCCUUACAAGAGGAAACGUAGGUCCAGAUCUCCGUACCAUAAGAGAAGGUCACCAUCAGUUAGACGCGAUCGUUCUAACCGAUCCAGGUCUCGUUCGAGACCUGCUGAAGCUCGGUCGAAGAGUCCUGUUGCCAAGAAGACGAAAGCCAGUCCUCACGCGAAUGGCAAUGAUAGGAAAGUAGCUAAGUCUAUGACCCCACCGUUGAGGAAACCAACGAUUUCUGAAAGCUCAGAUUCGUCGACUAGUUCAUCAUCAUCGUCUUCAUCAUCCGGAUCCAGUUCAUCCGGCACGUCGAGGAAGUCGCGAGGGUCCUGCAGCCCUUACAAGAGGGAUGAGCUUUAUAACAAGAAGGGGUAUAGGAGUUAUAGCUCUGAUGAUAGGGAAAGUAACACCCCAGUGGAAGAGCGUCGUAUAGUGUUCGUGGGCCGAUUGGAGAAAGAUGUUACCAAGGUGACGUUGAGGAACCAGUUCUGCAAGUUUGGACCUGUGCUCGAAGUGCGGCUACAUAGCAAGGAGGAUGGUUCUCGCUACGGCUUCGUGACGUACCAGCGCGCUAGAGACGCGUGGUCGGCCGUGGAAGCCGCCUCCACCUUCCCGCAGUACGACGUCGGCUUCGGAGGCAGGAGAGCAUUCUGCAGGCAGAGCUAUGCUGAUCUUGAUGGACUGGAAGCCAAAUACACGGAAAGCGUGUUCCACGGCCAAACAGCACCUCCAAUCCGCAGAGACGACGACAUGUCCUUCGAACAGAUGCUUCUAGAAAUGAAGAAGAAACUCAGCCAACGCAAGAACGACUUGAAGCGCCCCGAUGAUCCCAAGCCUUGACAGUUACUUAAACUUGGCCGGGCACUCAUCAUGGCUCUCUCAGUGACAUUUGUCAAAGUGACAGUGACAGUUGGCUUAAUCUAGCAAAGGCGCGAAUCAUAUUCAGCCUCAGUGACAGUGACAGUGAUUAGUUAGGCUGUGCAGUGAUUGUGUUUAAAAGACGCUGGCUUCUGAUUAAAAAGGUUUUUCGGUAAGCACUACAUUUAGUAUCCUAACACUUACCUCGGUAGAACUUUCAGUCAUAGUGUAAGCAAUUUAGUAUGACUAAAAUGAUUAAAAAUGUAUGUAUACAUGAUGAUAUUACGUACUGAUUGACAUUCUUACGGCUAUGUAUACCUUGUCAAUUUAUUUAAAUUGUUUCAGCUCAUUAUGUAUAUUAAAAAAAAGAGUGAGAUUAUGAUAUGAAUUAGGAUUUACAACCGAAUUAUUCAUGAAAUUCUUAUUACAUUUUGUCGUAUUAUGUUUCGAAUGAUCGUCUGUGUUCAACAUCUUUGGUUUACUUGGGUGCGUGCAAUGACAGCGCCUGUCAAGGAUGACAGCUGUCAAAGUGACAGUUACCUAGAUGUGCAAUCAAAAGACAAUGUUGUGUUGCGUUAAAAAUUGCUCAUUUCUUGUGGCAUCUGAUGGAGGCGUACCAUUAUGGCUAUAUUCAGUGUUAUGAUUAAAAAGAUUAUUUUUCAUAGUGGUACGAAUUCGCGAGAUGUCACAGCUCUUUCAUUACCGUUUUGUUGUAGUUAAUUAGUUUAUAAUUUAGUUGAAUUACCUCAUGUAUGUAAAUAUUUGAUUGUUUAUUUGCUCUGUAAAUAAUAUGUUACGUUUCGGCGCUAUUUUAAUCUGAUUUAAUCUUCUGAGAAGGGAGUAGACCAUGGAUUUACGAAGCAAGCUUUAUAGACAGGAGAUGGGGUUAUCUGAAACCACUACUUUUAAGUUAUGAGAGUCCAUGAAAUGUAUACCUACCUAAAGUUUAUGACCAAUAAUUAUUGUGCGAACUCGCCCUUUUGCGCAGUUUGCGCACAGGUUGCGCAGUAUGCGCAAAUUCUGAUUGGGUGAGGUUGAACCCUUGGUCUUUGCUCUGAUUGGCUAUCUUAUCAAAUACGAUUGCCACCUAACCACACAAGCCAUGUCUUAGCAAAUAUUUUCUCUGAACCAUAAAAUAAGCACUGCCAAUUUGUUAACGAUUAAGUUGAAAGUAUUUAAUUUCCAAAUAUAGCAAAGAGCACUAUAAGGUGUUACAACAAGAAGGUACCUAUUUAAUUCUUAUUAGCAUGAUUUAAAUAUCUGAAUUAAUGUAUCACUUGUGACUAUCAUUCAAACGAUCGUGUUACAAUCAUGUACAAGAUUUAUAAUAAUUACUGAUCUAUCAAAUACGAAACAUUGAUUAACAUUGUUAUGGAAAGGAUUUACAAAAAUAUUGCAUUAACCGACUGUGCAGACGUAGACAUAGGUAGACUUCAUCCAUGGAAUAUAAAAUGCUGGGACCAUUAGGAGAAAAAAUCUCUUGCCUAAAACAUUUACGUAAUUCAUUACAGAAUUAGUUUCAUGAUAUUAUAUUUUCUUUAUGUGACCAAAAUAUGAAAGCGUUAUGUUUGCGCAAAGUUGCGCAUUUUGCGCAAGAUACAGCGCUAAUUUUGCGCAAACUUGAUGACAUCUUGCAUCCAUUGAGCUUGAAGAGUAACAAAAAUAUGUAAAUAAUUUUUCGUGUUGCCUACUUGUAAAGUUUGUAUGUAUUUAUUUACUGUUACCACUACUUUAUCUUCUACAUAUUUACAUUGCUUGUAUACAGCGAAAAUAAAUAAAUUCAAGCUUCAUAAAGAAUGAAUGAUAUAGAAUUGAACAUCUCUUACUACAAAUCAAAAUUUUAACUAAAAAGAAAAUAAUACUAUCUUCAUUUAUUCAGGAAAAUAUGAAAAAAUAGUCAUAGUUUCUACAUAUAUACAGGAUAACAAGAAAGCUUUCAAAAAUGCAAUUAGUUUCGUAAACAAAGCUUCCAAUGAGAUUGAAAGUGCCAAAAUUAGACAAAAACGAUACUGUUCCUAUUAUGAUAAUGGAUUGACUAGCCAAUAGAUACACACAUUUAGACCGGUUAAGAAUACACUACAGAAGGAUGAUGAUUAUAUGGAUAAUUAAAGAAACCAAAAUGAUUAUAAUAUUAAACAACAGCAUCUGUGCAUACAUGUACUAAAUUUAUUGUCCAUGGUUUCACCCGCGUCCGAGAUAACUGAUUCUCGUAGCCUAACCAGGUAUAAGCUAACAAUUUUCAGCUAAAACGGUUCAGCCAUUACCAAACUAUCUUCUCAAAAUUACCUUUUGGAUGUUUUAGUAUUUGCUUUGUAGUAACAGUUCUUCAUAAUUCAUAUCAAUUAUUGGUUUCAUUUGUUAUCCAUAUUUUGAACCACUUCUUAUAUAAACAGCUCGUUUUUACCAAAUUCGAGGAGUUUAUCUCAGCAUGAACUCUGCACGACUUUCAGCUAGUUUUUAUGUAUACAAUUUUGUAUCAUACAAAGUAGCAAUGAAAUUUUAACAAAACAGGGGACUGAAAUAUGAAUAAACACAGUCAAAUUUUCUAAGACAUUACACAUAACUUUUUAUGCUUGUACAGUUUGUUAAUAACCAAUUUAAUGAAUGUUGCUAUACUAUCGUUUUUUCGUAUAUUUGUCUAGACCAAUUUCUACUGUAAGUAUAUGCGAGCCUCUAAGCAAAUGGCGAUAUGUAGCCUUAAGUCACGUUUAGUUUCAAUAAAAAUAGAGAUAUGCUGAAAUUUUCUUUUAACAUAGAUGUUGCCAAAGGAAUUGUAAUAAAUACUUGAUAAAUAACAAUAUAAUUCUGUUUUUUUAUUCCACAAAUUCAUUUUAACCAAUUUUUGUUGAUAACAACACUUUCAAGUAAGCUUAGAGUUGCCAGUGUAGAAAAACAGCAAUUAGAUUGAUUUUCAAAUCUAGUCAAUGUUACUAGAUUAUAUUUUUGUUUUAUCUUUGUGGUGAUAAUUUAUUUAAACGUAAAGUUAAGCGUAUUUUAAUGGUUUUAAGUUUAAAGAUUUUAUUUCAUAGUUUCUAUCGACUAGCGAGGUUAUCAAAAUGGCGACUAAAACUUAAUAGAAAUGAGGUUUAAUCAGUUUUCUUAUUAUUAAAAUUGGUCUUCAAUUAAUACAAUGUUUUGUUUUUUGUAACUGUAUGUGUUUUAAGUUCCACUAGUACUGUAAUUUAUUUCCGAAUCUUGUUCCACCGACAGUGUGAAAUCAACUUUAUUGUCUUUGUGUUAAGGUAAAAAUUAUAUCGCUUUGUGUGUCAAGUUUGCCAUACACUAAGCAGUUUAUUCUUGGACUCCGGAAAAUAUCGCAAAUGAAACUCGACUUCAUUUUGUGACACUGACAUUUUCGACAGAUUUGAACGCACAGAUUACAAAAAAUUGAUAUAUAAGCUAAGGGAUUUUGUAUUUUAUUUCUGUGAACUCUAAAACAAGUGUUUAAUCUUUCGAUUGUAUGUAUAGACUAUGUAUUUAUGUAUCUUUAUGUCAUCCGUUUUUGCACAUCCCACAGUAAAUUGACAAGUGUAUGGCCAACUUAGCACAGGUCAUUCCUUAGAGUAACAAAAGUUAUUUGACCACUCUUAUCUACGCUGGAAAAUGAUUUAUCCGUUUUAGAACACCCAUGUUUUUUUUCUUGAGGCUCAUUCCCGCCAAAUUUUGACAGCUGUCAUUACUCCUGCACAUUUUGUUUUUUUUUGUAAUGUCAGCUCUAAGGAAUGAUAAGUAACGUGAAUAAAAAGACUAUAUAGUACAUAAUUUUGUACGUAUUUUUAAAAUUAAAUCAGCUAAACGAGUCAUUACGAACAUAGAUAGAAUCAAUACUCUUUAAAAUUAAGAUCAUGGCUUUGUAGCAUUUAGGAAUUGUUAAGAUUACGUUAGGGAAAUGAAAUUUUCGUUUUGUAUGACAUUAUGUAGUAGUGUACAUCAUGAUUUCGUUUUGUGACUAAUAUUCUGAUAUUAAACAGUUUUGUAUAACAAUUUUAUACAUCUCUGUUUUAUAAAUCUUAAUUGUUAGAUCAUAAGAUUUAAAAGUAUGUGAAAAUGAUAAAUUGACCUUAAUUACAUUCAUUAUAAUCUGUGGCGCUAGUUGUACAAAAAUAAAUUAAUUUUUAAUGUUUAAAAAUAAAAUAAAAACACAUUAGCGCCAUAGACAAUAUGACUUACCAUUGGAACAAACAGUUCCUAAUUUUCUUUAAAAUGACUUGUUAUCCAAAAUUAUGGGAAUUGAUUAUUAGAAUGAAAUUACACCCGUAUUUGAAAGCAUAUAAGGUUGAUUAUUUAACGAAGUUUUAGAAAGUUACGUUGGUAUUCUAAGCUGUUUUUAAACACGGGUGUAUUUUCGCUUGGCUUGAAUCUUAUUGCUUGUGAAUAGAGUCGAAAAUCGUACGGAUUCACACUACGGGGUUGUAGUACAUAUUAAAAGUCCAACAUAGUGUUGAUAGUACAUAGUGAGAAUGUUUUAUACAUAAUGCUGUUGAUAAAUAAAAGUAUUUUGGACAUAA